AUGUCUGAUAACUAUGCAAGAGUUCCCUCAUCGGGCAAGACUCCUCCUCCUGCUCCUUCAGCAGCCUAUGCAAAGAGAGCCAGAGAGUUGCAGCAAGCUCAACAGGCCCAACAAGCUCAGCAGGCUCAACAGGUGGAGGACAGAUUGGGUGCUAGAUACAGACCUCCUGCGCUGCGCGCUUUAGCCUCAGGUGGUUCACCUCCAAAUGACAUUUCACCUUCUGUCACGACCCCCAGCGAUGGUGGUGCCUUGCCACCGACCAAUUACCCCCCUGGUUUCAGACGUGCUCGUGCUGGGACGCUGCCUUCUAACGUGCAGCUGGCUGCUCAGCGUUUUGCAGCAGCCUCCAAUGUCCUAAGUAGCAUCGCUCCUUCCACAGAGUCCCUUGUAGAUCCGUCGCGUCAGAUUUCCAACGCAGCUACCCCGUUGGCUCCUGCGAGGCCUAAUUUGCGUCAUUCAGCGACAUCCGCUUCUACGGUCUCUCCUUCGACAGUGACGAGUCGUCUACGCUCCGAAUCCCUCACCCUUCCCCCUGGCGGGCUCUCCAAUGCGUUUGGGCCAUCCAUCUUCUCCUCUUCCUGGCUUUCUGGUGGUGACAACGCAAACGGUUAUACUGUACUGGAGGAGCUGCGUUCCGUGACGUCUGCGGAUUCAAAUGAUGAAUUUGAUGUUCACACCCUCGAUUAUUUGGGUUUGGACGAUACGCACCGACCUCCAGUGACGAUCUCCGAAUUAAGAACCCAAGCCCAGGCUGCAAUCGCCGGGAAUUUGGCAGGAAACCCUCAUCGCAUACGAUCCAAUACAGUCUCCAACCCUUACCGGACGAGGCCUUCCCUCGCCAAUUCUCUCCUUUCCCCUCCCGCGGCAACCGAAGAAGAAGAAUAUGACUCUUAUGACGAACAAGCUUAUGCGCGCCAGCGUAUGAACAAUUAUGACACGCCCUCACAAGAUAAUGGUUACUCCUCUUUCGUACCGAAAGGUUUCACACAAGAGCUUCUCGCGCCAACCCGUCCACGAGCCAUAUCUGUUGGAAAUCUGGAAGAUUCUGGACGUACCUUGCAGCGGCGCGCUACCACCACCGAUGUACAUCCUUACAUCAGUGAGCUAGCUCACCAGACUCCCAGCCUGAGUGUAGUCACCAACAAUAACACCGCCGGGAUCUUGAAAUCUGAUAAACGUACCACGACCUCCGUCCAUUUCCCAGAAACCGAGAUGCCCAGCAGGGCGUCUGCAUAUUUGCUUGCUCCAGGAGUACAAAAUCGCUCUAUCUCGCCCAAAAUUGAGGGACAAUCCUCUCAGGUGCAAACUCCCACCAGAUCUCUUUGGAUUGGUAAUCUGGACAGUGCUGUCACAAGUGAACAACUGAUCCAUGUUUUUGCGCCAUAUGGAGCUAUUGAAAGUUUGCGGUUACUUCCGGAAAAGGAAUGCGGCUUCGUCAACUUUGUCGACCAAGCCGACGCGAUCCGGGCCAAAGACGACGUUCUCAACCGUCUUGGCGGAAACAUCGGUAUGCCGAACGGCCAGACUGUUCGCAUUGGCUUCGGAAAAGCCGACAGCGCUCCGGUUGCCCCUGCGAAAGGAACACCGAUGAGUCCGGGACCAACAUCCCCCGGCACCGUCUCUGGCAAGUCCCCUACGCCUGGCGGCAUGGACGCGCAGUUACAGUCCACUCCGACACGAGCACUCUGGAUUGGUUCCAUACCGUCCACUACCACUCCUGCCACUAUCCUAAAUGUCUUUAGUCCAUAUGGGCCCAUCGAAUCUGCCCGUGUUCUCACUCAUAAAAAUUGCGGCUUCAUCAACUUUGAACGACUUGACGAUGCUGUCAGAGCUCGGAAAGCGUUGAAUGGGCGCGACGUUUUAGGAAGCGACGUCGGAGCCAUCCGCAUUGGGUUUGCCAAAGUUCCGGUCAAGAAUGGCCAAGAUGGUGCCAAUGAGGAAACUGUCCCCAUCUCUGUUCAAGGCGUAGGUGAUCUCAGCGUCGGUGCUACUAUCCAUGCUCUGCGCAACGUCAAAGGUGCCUCUACCAUUCCUCCCGACCAGCAAGUACUUAGCGGGGCCGUUGAAAACUACCGGUCCAACUUGUUACUCAGUAUGGUCGCUUCCGGCCUACACAACCAGGCACUUAUUGGCGAUGGUCUACCAAGGAAUGCCUCCUGGAUCCCUAAUGUCACUGAGCAGCAGAUGAUCAUGAGGGAACUGAGUGCUGGAAGUGCUGAAGCUGAGAACGACAUCCAAGCUCUUGCAGAAUUCCGACCUCCGACGAUGUACUACACUACGAUUCCUCUUGUUUCGGAGAGACCGCAUAACAGACGUUGGGACGCUUCUAAGCUUCGUGAACUUCGGAAGCGUCUCGACUCCGGUACAAUGAGCACAGAAGAUGUCGAUCAAGUUGCAGGAGAUUUUCUUGACGGCGAGAUUGUUGAUCUUGCCUCUGAUUGGCUUGGAAAUACGGUGGUCCAAAAACUAUUCGAGAAAUGUUCUUCAGGGCCUAAAUUUGCCAUGCUGGAAAGGAUUGCGCCCAGCCUUGCCAUGAUAGGUAUACAUAAGAACGGAACAUGGGCCGCACAGAAGAUCAUCGAAUGUGUCUCCUCCCCUGACGAAAUUGCGCUUAUUGCGCAGAACCUUCGCCCUUAUGCUCCCCCGCUUCUCUUAGAUCAGUUUGGGAAUUAUGUGGUUCAGUGCUGUCUUCGCUUUGAGGCCACAGCCAACGAUUUCAUCUUCGAUGCCAUGGUUGAUCGCAUGUGGGAGGUCGCGCAAGGACGCUUUGGAGCGCGUAGUAUGCGGGCGUGUCUCGAAAGCCCUCACAUCACCGUUAGCCAGCAGAGGCGUAUCGCCACAGCCAUUGUCCUCAACUCAAUUCCGCUUGCAACGAACCCCAACGGCGCCUUGUUAUUGACUUGGUUGCUCGAUAAUUCCGCUUUCCCCUCGCGAUACAAUUUACUCGCUCCCCGCUUCACCCCCCAUCUCUCCCAUCUUUGUACCCACAAGUUAGCAUCAUUGACGGUCCUGAGAAUCGUCAACCAAAAAAUCGAACCUCAGGCGUCCCAUCAGAUUGUCGAAGCCCUAUUCCAAUCUCCCAGUGACCAUGUCCUGACUGAUGUUCUUGGUGAUCAGGUUAAUGGAGUCGCGGUUGUUCAUAAAAUCUUGACUAGCCCAUUCAUCGACCCGACGGAUAAGUUGCAAUAUGUGGAAGCUACCAAGCGUGUUCUAAUUGAACUCAAGGUAAUCGCUACUCAAGCUUAUCGUCGUUUGAUUGAAGAGGUUGGACUCCCGAUUCCGAACUUCCAGCCCACGUACAACAAUGUACCGGCACCUGGAAAGAACAAAAUUUCUCAGAAUUCAUUUGGAGUCCCAGGUCUUCCCUCAGGAUAUCCUUCCAAUGACCAAGGCCUCGCAUCCAUGAUGGCCGCUUUGCAGAUGGGAGGACAACAUCCUCAGGCUGGUCCUCCGAUGCAGCAGAUGCAACACGACCCAAACUACGAUGCUGCUAAUGGUAUUCGCCAUGCUGGAGGGCCUGAUCCUUUCACUUCUUUCGGGGUACGGGUACCUGAUGCGGCCAGCCCUCGUACCGCGAUGAGACACAGUCAUAGCCUUCCAGUGCCAGGGACAAUAGCACAGACUCCUUCCUACGGAGGACAAGCACAGGUCGGAAACAUGAUGCAAUAUGGUGCCAUGACUCAAAACAUUCCUCCCCACCUUUAUCAGACACCUUACAUGUAUCAGUAUCCGCAAAACGCCCAGAAUAUGGGACCAUUCCCUACCUAA